CAUCCCCACCUCGCCUCCGGUGAGCGAGGGAGGAAGAAGUCUCGCGCUGUCCCGGAGGCUGCGUCUCGCGCCCCUCGUCGCGCGCAGGCGCGGACGAGCCGUACGCAUUCUACGUAACGGAUGGUGAAGGCUACGUGAAGAGUAGGGCAGCGGGCCUGAGCUACUUGCGCUGUCUGAGUUGUGCAGGCAUCCCGGCCAGUAAGACCGCCGCGAAGGUGAAAGCAGUAGCCAGGGUAAAAGGCAGGCAGGCUGGAAGUAUCCAUUAUAGGAGCGCCGGACCGGAUUUUGACCUCAGGUGAAAUGAAAGCCUUCUAUGCUUUCUGUAUUGUCCUUUUGGUGUUUGGAAGUGUCUCUGAAGCCAAGUUUGAUGACUUUGAAGAUGAGGAUGACAUAGUAGAAUAUGAUGAUAAUGACUUUGCUGAAUUUGAAGAUGUCAUGGAAGAAUCUGUUACUGAAUCUCCUCAGCGGUUGAUAACCACUGAAGAUGAUGAAGAUGAGACCACUGUGGAGUUGGAAGGGCAGGAUGAAAACCAAGAAGGAGAUUUUGAAGAUGCAGAUACCCAGGAGGGAGAUACUGAGAAUGAGCCAUAUGAUGAUGAAGAAUUUGAAGGUUAUGAAGACAAACCAGAUACUUCAUCUAGCAAAAAUAAGGACCCAAUAACAAUUGUUGAUGUUCCUGCACACCUCCAGAACAGUUGGGAGAGUUAUUAUCUAGAAAUUUUGAUGGUGACUGGUCUGCUUGCCUAUAUCAUGAACUAUAUCAUUGGGAAGAAUAAAAAUAGUCGCCUUGCUCAGGCUUGGUUUAACACUCAUAGAGAGCUUUUGGAGAACAACUUUACCUUAGUAGGGGAUGAUGGAACUAACAAAGAAGCCACAAGCACAGGAAAAUUGAACCAAGAGAAUGAGCACAUCUAUAACCUGUGGUGUUCUGGUCGAGUGUGCUGUGAGGGCAUGCUUAUCCAGCUGAGAUUCCUCAAGAGACAAGACUUACUGAAUGUCCUGGCUCGGAUGAUGAGACCAGUGAGUGAUCAAGUGCAAAUAAAAGUAACCAUGAAUGAUGAAGACAUGGAUACAUAUGUAUUUGCUGUGGGCACACGAAAGGCUUUGGUGCGACUGCAGAAGGAGAUGCAAGAUCUGAGUGAAUUUUGUAGUGAUAAACCUAAGUCUGGAGCAAAAUAUGGGCUGCCAGACUCUUUGGCCAUCCUGUCAGAGAUGGGAGAAGUCACAGAGGGAAUGAUGGAUACAAAGAUGGUUCACUUUCUUACACACUAUGCUGACAAGAUUGAAUCUGUUCAUUUUUCAGACCAGUUCUCUGGUCCAAAAAUUAUGCAAGAGGAAGGUCAGCCUUUAAAGCUACCUGACACUAAGCGGACAUUAUUGUUUACAUUUAAUGUGCCUGGCUCAGGUAACACUUAUCCAAAGGAUAUGGAAGCUUUGCUACCCCUGAUGAACAUGGUGAUUUAUUCUAUUGACAAAGCCAAAAAGUUCCGACUCAACAGAGAAGGCAAACAAAAAGCAGAUAAGAACCGUGCACGAGUAGAAGAGAACUUCUUGAAACUGACACAUGUACAGAGACAGGAAGCUGCCCAAUCUCGUCGUGAGGAGAAGAAAAGAGCAGAGAAGGAGCGAAUCAUGAAUGAAGAAGAUCCUGAGAAACAACGAAGGCUGGAGGAAGCUGCUUUGAGGCGUGAGCAAAAGAAGCUGGAGAAGAAGCAAAUGAAAAUGAAACAAAUCAAAGUGAAAGCCAUGUAAAGAAAUCCCAGAGAUCUGAGUCCUAAUGCCACCUGUAUGCUCUGAGUUUAUGGAAAACAAAAAACCGGAGUCCAUCUCAUCUUAAAUUUCAAACAUUCUUGGCAAUUGGGAAAUCAUAUUUCAUCAUCUAUUCUGCUGUUGGUUUGAAGUUUUAUAGAGGUUCUAGACACAUUGAAAGGGCUCUAUUUCUGUAUUUUUCUUCUAGAUAAGCAAAUUAUUUUGGUUAUUUUAUAAAAGUGAUGUAUAAAACAUGUAGUUUUAAAAUAUAACAUGAAUCAGCAGUGCUUUUAGUACUUCAGUGUUUGAAAAAUAUGAAAUUUAUGGAUAAAUAAUUAGUUGGUUUUUGUUUAAACUGGGCAAUUGGAACAGCUAUGGACAUUGACUCUUCAACCAAGAUUCCACAAAUAAUUAUUGGAAUUGCACAAUAAACAUUGCUUGGUGUUUUCCUCUGUGUCUACAUUAAACUUGUGCAGAAGUAAAAUUUAGAACACUAUGUGGUGAUGAAAUUUCAAGAACUUAAUACUGUAUAUGUUUUGUAGGUGGGAGGGACUGGUGACAGUAUUAUAGGAAGUCUAUAGGUGAUAGGACACUGAUGUAUAUGUCAUGGAAAACUAGGGAUGGCUAGUAGAGGAGUAAGUUUUCUUCCUGCCUGAUAGUAUGAAUUAAUGACAAUGUGAAUGCUAUAUGUUAAGUGGUUAUAUGUGUAUUUUUCUUGAGCCACAAAUGCAUGGAAAAUUAACUGCUUCACCCAGAUCAGCAAUCAGAGCAUCGGUCUGUGUGCGGUCACAUUUUUUCUUCUCGGGCACUGCAACCUGUUGGAUGUUCAUGGAGAAGCUAUAUUCUCUGUAUUAUGGCUGUACCUUUGCUUCUCCCUGUACAUUGCUCUCUUCCACUGUUGAGGCUGGUUAUGGUCUUUCAAUGAAAUAGCCAUAAGUAUGCAUAAAUAUACUUUUUUAAAUGAGCUUUCCUAAAGUAUUAAGAGCUCUUUCUGCCUCUUGAGGAAGAAACUCUCAGGGGAGAGGCCCAUCUAUCUGCACAAGCAUUUGUCUUGUUCAGAUCUCUGCAUUUUAUAAAUGCUUCUUACUAGGAAAGCAUUUUUGAAAUUACUCCUUAUACCAGGUAAUUUUUGCUGGGGAUUGGAAAGCAUUGGGCUUUUUUGUGGGUAUUGUGGGUAGUGGGGUUUUCUUUGUUGAUGCUUUAUGUGCAAGUCUGAAGCAAUAACAAUGAGUUGCUGUGAAAACAGCAUGUGCUGCUGUCUCUGUAGCUGCUUGGGAACUUUCCACAUGGGCUUUUUCCAGGUUAAAACAAGUAUGUAAACUGGGAGAUGUAAAUGUAAUAAUUUUUAACAGUUCAUAAAUUUAAGUUAUUAUAGUGACAAAAAUAACACAAAAUUUGAUUACUUUAAAACAAUAGAAUUCUAGAUUAGAAUUGUUUUACAAACCUUUAAAAUACAUUUUAGAAAUCAAAGUUGAUAUGCUUAGCUAUCUUUUGAGUAAUAUAAGCUUUCUUAAAGUCCCACACAUUUGAACCAUGGCAGCUAAUUUUGUAUUUAAGCAUUCAUAUGAACUACCUAUGGACAUAUAUUAAACUGAUUGACAAAA